UGGACCCUUGCAAGGUUAAGGCCAUUUUCACGGACUACCAAGACAUUUUCACUACAGAGCUCGGCCUAAUGAAGGGUCCUCCCGCAAGCCUGCACCUCAAAGAUGGAGCAAUACCGAAGUUUUGUCGUGAAUUUACGUUGGUCACGGAUCAUCAACCACUCGUGGGCCUGCUCAGACCUGACCGCCAGACACCGACCAUGGCGGCUGCGCGAAUUCAACGCUGGGCGCUGUACCUCGGAGGCUACAAAUACAAACUUCAGUACGUUCCCGGGAAACAACUGCUCAACUCGGAUGCUCUCAGCAGACUACCACAGCAGGCGACCGGAGAUGGAGGGGAAGGUCCAAAUGACGAGAGCGACGACUGGACACUGCCGCCAGACAGCAGUGUGUACGUCCGCAAUUACGGACAGGGGGAGAAGUGGAUCCCUGGUCGGGUCAAAUCGGCGACAGGAGCACGGAUGGUAACCGUAGAGACUCCCAAUGCCAUCGUCAAACGGCACGUCGACCAAGUACGCCGCCGCUCGGAUUCAUCACCAAGGUAUCCGGUCAACGAUACGGCUGCUGGUGGUCCAGGGACCAACCAGACGCCAGGUCCAAGCGCGGCCGGCAAUGGAACCACUCCCUUGGAAGCGGCCGCCCCGGAUAGUACUUCAGCUACUGCCCAAACUCCGGAAAGCAACACUACCGCAGGUCCGGCCGAAGAUUCGCAGCAAGUCCUGCGUCGGUCAACAAGGCAGCGCAAGCCAGUGCAGCGGUUCCAUUUUUGAGGAGAGGGCAGUGUUGUGUCUGCGUCAUACCGAGUUCUGCGCAUGCGCAGUACGUGUCAUUUUCUUCUCCUCGCUUCCACAUCCUCUCCCACUUCGGGGAUAAAAGCAAACCUACGCCCCCAAAUAAACGCUUUGUAUGUUCGAGCUGGCUGUGCCUCGUAACUGCUCCGGCCCGCGUGCCGUGGCUAUGCUACA